AUGGCUGAAAGGAAAACGGAAGCGAUUUUCCUAUAUAGGAAGAAGGGAGUGAAGCCACCCCAGGCCCAGAUACGGGUGGGGGCUGUCAGGGUCCCGAUAGAGGCUCAGAUGAAAUAUCUGGACCUCACUUUGGACGGCACCUGGUGCUUCAAGGAGCAUAUAAGCCGUCUGGUUCUCCGAUUGAGGGCGGUUUCGGCCAACUUGUGCAAGUUAAUGCUCAAUAUCGGGGGACCGGACAGAAAGGCUCGUCGCCUCCACGCUGGGAUACUUAAUUCAGUGGCGCUGUAUGGAGCGCCGGUAUGGGCUGAGGCUCUGGCCGCCAGCCGUCCACUGCAAGCGCUUUUGCGUAGAGCGCACAAGGCGGUGGCGGUCAGAGUCAUUAGAGGAUAUAGGACGGAGUGGAUGGACACGGGAUUCGGGACCUUGACAUUCAGGAUGACACAGGUGCUCACCGGACAUGGAUGUUUCGGUGAGUACCUGUGUCGAAUAGGCAAGGAAGGUACAGCGCAUUGCCACCAUUGCGAUGCUGAUCACGACUCCGUGCAGUACACACUGCAGGACUGCCCGGCAUGGGCUGCCGAGCGCGGAGUCGUGAUCCGGGGAUUGGGACACGAUCUCUCGCUCCCCACGAUAGUGAACGCAAUUGUGGGGAGCGAGAGAAAAUGGAGGAUAUUCGCCUCCUUCUGUGAGGCAGUCAUCUUACAGAUGGAGGCCGCGGAGGAGACAUGCCGGCAGGCGGAAGGCCGGGGUUGGAAGCAGAGAAGCAGAGAAGACGACAGCAACUCCGACUUUGGCGCGGAUCGAGGAGUAGGAGCAGGGAGGGGGAUGCGGAUUCCUUUGCGGAAGAGGCUGUCAGGAUGA